GAAGAGGAGUGACGGUUUCAUUUGGUUCUUCCGUCGCUAACCCUUUCAGUUUGUCCAAAUCCCAUCAUGUUUUAAUGGCUGAAUGGGGCUUGAAAUGUUAACCUUUUCAGGGUCUGCAACGGAGAAGAGCACUUAGACAGCCACUUCAUUUCUGUGUACCGGCAGCUGAACGAGAUAGCUUGCUAGCUAGCCAGGAGUAAGCCGACAAUAUGAUGCGCUUCAUGCUGCUGUUCAGCCGGCAGGGGAAACUGCGGCUGCAGAAGUGGUACACGGCCACGGCGGAGAAGGACAAGAAGAAGAUGGUGCGCGAGCUCAUGCAGGUGGUGCUGGCGCGCAAGCCCAAGAUGUGCAGCUUCUUGGAGUGGAGGGACCUGAAGAUCGUCUACAAGAGAUACGCCAGCCUGUAUUUCUGCUGUGCGGUGGAGGAGCAGGACAACGAGCUCAUUACCCUGGAGGUCAUCCACCGCUUCGUCGAGCUGCUGGAUAAGUACUUCGGCAGCGUGUGCGAGCUAGACAUCAUCUUCAACUUUGAAAAGGCCUACUUCAUCCUGGACGAGUUCCUGAUGGGCGGUGAGAUCCAGGACACGUCCAAGAAGAGCGUCCUCAAGGCCAUCGAGCAGGCCGACCUGCUGCAGGAGGAGGACGAGUCUCCGCGGAGCGUGCUGGAAGAAAUGGGUCUGGCUUAGGCUACUGGCACCACAACACUUUUCAGUCAGGAGAGAGGACUUUUGGUACUGGAACCUUUGGGAAGGGAAGGGUUUGCUUUUGGGGGGUGGGGGGGGUCCUUGAAGGGGGGGCCCACACGUGUUAAUUUCUCCAACUCUGACACCAUUGAGCUCAACAUGUGAUCUUACAGAUUCCCAGAAUCCCACUUGUUAAAACAAACACUUCCCCUGUCUCCCCCCGGCAUCCAAAAAACCUUUUUAGAAGUCAAAUGGUGAGUUAGUUUGCUGGUUUUCAGACAGACAGUAAGGCACCUGGAAUUAAAGCUAAACUUUGACCCAUUCUGAUAAUCAUCGAACCAGCUGCUCUGUGCAGCAUGUCACAUUGUGUUUAGUAAGUAAUGGGUAGGUCAGAGUUUCGAAUUGAUCAGGUCCAUCCUUUAAUAAAAGACUGCAGUGACCUCUCAGCCUCCUGCUCCUGGAGGAAGUGAAGAUUUGGACAUUGGGGGUGAUUUACCUAUUAAAAAAAAUGUUUAACUGGUUUGGACCUGCUAAACUGGUUUGGACCUGCUCAAAGGGAAGUUUACACCUGUUUAUUGUUGCUUUUAUUUAUUUUUUUCUGCUCAGGAAAAAAAUGAACCUCUCCACUCUGCCAGCUUCUUCCUCUUCUUCUUCUCUUUUUUUUUUUCCUCGAUUGUGACUCUCACAGCUCAAUACCUGACAGCAGUUAUUGAGCUCUGCACGCCGCUGUCUCCAGUGCAUGGGGCCACGCUGAUACGUGAGGUCUUUAUUAGCGGGAUUAGCCUGCUCGAUCUCUCCCACGUUUUAAUGCGUGUGGGUGGAGGAAAGACAAUCG